CAAAAGUGUUACGUGGACUUUUCCCAGUUGUCUGUUCCUCAUCCAUUUCCGCCAAUUUUGCUUCCCAAGCUUCAAUUCCUCAGCUCAGAAGAAUCUCAGUCGAAAACCCAAUAGAAUGUCUAAAUGUUUACUCUUUCAAACAGUUCAUUCAACACCCAGAAUCCAUCCCAGAACUGUUGCUUCGAUCUUCUCAAAACCUCGUUCAAUCUCUUCAGUUCCAAAAUGUUACUCUCCCAUUUCUCCCUUUCAUUCAGUUUCUUUGCCUACUCUCAAAUCCCAUUUCCAUAGCCCAAGAUUUUCGUUAUCUUCUUCUUUUUCAACUCGAGCUUUCGAUGACUCCUCAUCUUCUGCCGAUACCCAGAAUGAAAAAGAAGAGAAAAUUGUGGAAAAACCGGUGAUUGAGGAGUAUCCUAGUGGGGAAUUGGAGUAUGAGAAGUUUAGUUGGUGGAAGAGUUUCUUCGUUAAGUUUAAGAUGCUUAUUGCUUUACCGUGGGAAAGGGUUCGAAAGGGCAGUGUUCUGACAAUGAAACUGCGUGGCCAGAUAUCUGAUCAGCUAAAGAGCCGUUUCUCUUCAGGACUAUCUCUGCCACAAAUUUGCGAGAAUUUAGUAAAAGCUGCAUAUGAUCCUCGUAUUUCUGGUGUCUAUCUCCACAUUGAACCGUUGAACUGUGGGUGGGGGAAAGUUGAAGAAAUUCGGAGGCAUAUUUUGAACUUUAAGAAAUCAGGUAAAUUCAUUAUUGCAUAUAUCCCUGCAUGUGCGGAGAAAGAGUUUUACCUUGCCUGCGCAUGUGAAGAGAUUUAUGCACCAUCAAGUGCUUAUUUUUCUUUGUAUGGCCUGACGGUUCAAGCUUCAUUCCUUGGAGGUGUUUUUGAGAAAAUAGGAAUUGAACCACAGGUGCAAAGGAUUGGUAAAUAUAAAAGUGCCGGUGAUCAGCUUACUCGGAAGAGUAUGUCAGAAGAAAAUUGUGAGAUGCUUACUGCUUUGCUUGAUAACAUAUAUGGGAAUUGGUUGGAUGUAGUUUCCUCUUCAAAAGGAAAGAAACGAGAAGUUGUUGAGAACUUUAUUAAUGAAGGGGUCUAUCAAGUAGAAAAGCUGAAAGAGGAGGGAUUCAUAACAAAUAUACGUUAUGAUGAUGAGGUUAUAUCAAUGUUAAAAGAGAGGCUUGGUGUCCAAAAGGAUAAAAUUCUCCAUAUGGUUGAUUACAAGAAAUACUCCAAAGUUAGGAAGUGGACACUCGGUUUAACAGGUGGUGGAGACCUAAUAGCUGUGAUCAGAGCCUCUGGGAGCAUUAGCCGUGUGCGGAGUCCAUUAAGUACUAAUUCUGGUAUCGUUGCAGAGCAGAUCAUUGAGAAGAUCCGCAGGGUCCGAGAAUCAAAAAAAUACAAGGCUGCUAUCAUACGAAUUGACAGCCCUGGUGGUGAUGCUCUUGCUUCAGAUAUAAUGUGGAGGGAAAUCAGACUUUUAGCUGCAUCGAAACCUGUCAUCGCAUCCAUGUCCGAUGUGGCAGCUAGUGGGGGAUAUUAUAUGGCUAUGGCAGCUCAAACUAUCGUUGCUGAAAAUUUGACUUUAACUGGUUCAAUUGGAGUUGUCACAGGGAAGUUUAACUUUGGGAAACUAUAUGAAAAAAUUGGCUUCAAUAAGGAGGUCAUAUCAAGGGGAAGAUAUGCUGAACUUCUCGCAGCCGAGCAGCGGCCUUUAAGACCGGAUGAAGCCGAGCUAUUUGCAAAGUCUGCACAGAAUGCUUAUAAACAGUUUCGAGACAAAGCUGCUUCUUCAAGAUCAAUGCCUGUAGAAAAGAUGGAAGAGGUUGCACAGGGCAGAGUGUGGGCAGGUAAAGAUGCAGCAUCACGGGGUUUGGUCGAUGCUAUUGGGGGACUUUCUCGGGCCAUCGCCAUUGCAAAACAUAAAAUCAAUAUACCCCAAGACAAGCCGGUUACGCUUGUUGAGGUAUCGAGGCCAUCGCCAACACUUCCGGAGGUGUUAAGUGGGAUAGGGAGCUCCAUAGUCGGAGUAGACCGAACACUAAAAGAACUGCUGCAAGACUUGACGUUUGCUGACGGUGUUCAAGCUCGGAUGGAUGGAAUUAUGUUCCAGAGAUUGGAGGGGUUUCCCAAUGCUACCCCAGUGCUGAGUUUGAUAAAGGAUUACCUCAGUUCAAUUUGAUCUUAAACGAUCGCCUUACCUUUGCCAUUUGAUAUAAGUUAUUGGGAUUCAUGUCGGUGUGUCUAUUCGAUCCAUGAACACCUUUAUAUAAUACUGUUUUGAUCA